AUGGAUCGGUUGUCCGUACAGGUCCAAACUCGGUCACUCAUCUUCAACACACUCUCGUCCUUGCAAACACUCCACGUCAAGUCCGCAAAUGUGUUCAAAGGCGACGAGUUUUAUGGGCUUCAGGAUGGUGGACCAGCCGGCGGCAAGAGCGUGCAGAUGAUUGCUGACAACGAUGCCCAUUCCGCGCGGCGUAGGCUGCUGGACAAGGCCAUCCCUCCGCGAGAUCAGGUGUUUCGCGACAUCAACGAGCUAUCCCGGCAACUGAUAGACGUCAUAGAACAUGAAGUCGACACUCAUGGCGGCAUUGUGGAUGUUACAACAGUCACCUCGUGGUACAGCUUCGACGUGAUUAGCACGAUAGCAUUCGGCCAGUCGUUCGACAUGCUACAUACCCUCACCUGGCGUUGGCUGCCCCUCUGCCUCCAGCAGAUGAGCGUGUUCCUCUAUGCCGCCGGCUACGCCUCGGGCCACGUCCCACUUCUCCGCUUCUUCCAGUGGCUUCUCCGGUCCAACUGGCCUUCUCGUCUCGGCCUGACCACAGCCAUCCAAGCCCAGAAAUACGCGGACCUUGCGGCCGACCAGGUUCAUCGGCGAGGUGACCGCCUGAAGUCCGAGGAAGGUCUUGCAGCCUCGGGCCGCAAGGACAUUUUUGGGCACCUGAUGCGGGCGAAAUUCCACGACAGUGCCGAUCUGACAUCGGAGAGCUCGUUGCUGAUCGCCGCCGGGAGCGACGCCGUGCGCUUCGCCACCGCAGCCACGAUGUUCUACCUGCUGCAGAAUGCAGACGCGAAGGAAAAGACGGCAGCGGAAGUCAGGAGGCUCGACCUGGGGCCGGAUGGCCUCAGCGAGUCAAAGCUUGCGUCUCUCAAGUAUCUGCGCGCCUGUGUUGACGAGGCUAUGCGGCUCAGUCCUCCAAAAGCUGGCAGCAUCCCCAGGGAAACAGGAUCGGGAGGCAUGGUCAUCGACGGAGUGGCGAUACCGAAGGGUAUGAGUGUUGCAACGUCGACUUAUUCUCUGCACCGUGAUCCUCAGAUAUACAAGCAACCGUUCGAGUACAGACCCGAGCGAUGGCUUGAGAGACCCCAUGACCCGAGGCUGUAUGCGGCGUUCACUCCAUUUAUCAAAGGGCCGCGGGCCUGCCCGGGAAAAGCUGUCGCUUACGUCGCCAUGCAAACAGCCCUGUUCCAUAUGUUGCGGGAGUACGACAUCGAGAGCGCGGGAGAUGGGGAGAAGGGCGUAUCAGGGCUCGAGAGUUUGACUGCGUCGCAGCGCCAACGGAAAGACUACCCGUUCAACGACUGGAUUAUUGGGUAUACGAAGGGUCCGUUCAUCAGAGCAACGCGGGUGACUAAUCUAGCUCAGUGA